AUGAGCCCAAAUCUCAACUGUCUUCUCUCGUCUCUGCAGAGAGGUGGAGCGUGCACCAAUACUUUGAUAGCGAUUUUGACUAUUUGUGGGCAGCAACUGUUCUCCUCUUACACAUUCAGCUGUCCGUGUCAAGUUGGGAAAAAUUUCUAUUACGGUUCAGCUUUUCUCUUGGUUCCUGCCCUGAUCCUUCUGAUCGCUGGCUAUGCUCUAAGAGGCCAGAUGUGGACAGUUGCCAGCGAAUACUGCUGCUGCAGCUGUACCCCUCCAUACCGGAGAAGCAGCCCUCUGGAGAGGAGGCUGGCCUGCCUCAUGUUCUUCAACAUCACCGGGAGGGCGCUGGUGGCUCCGCUGACGUGGCUGACGGUGACCCUGCUGACAGGCACCUACUAUGAAUGUGCGGCGAGUGAAUUUGCCUCGGUGGACCAGUACCCGAUGUUUGCUAAUGUCACUGCCAGCAAACGGGAAGAGAUCCUAGCUGGAUUUCCAUGCUACACGUCAGCUCCCUCUGAUGUCAUUCCAGUAAGAGAUGAAGUAGCUCUUCUACACAGGUACCAGUCACAAAUGCUGGGCUGGAUUUUGCUCAUUGUGGCAACCAUUGCUCUUCUGGCCUCCAGCUGUCUGGCAAGAUGUUGCUCUCCCCUCACCUCUAUGCAGCAUCACUAUUGGACCAACCACCUCCAGAAUGAGAGAGCGCUCUUUGAACAAGCUGCAGAAGAGCACUCGCGGCUUCUCAUCAGACAUCGCAUCAAGAAAGUAUUUGGGUUCAUUCCUGGGAGUGAAGACAUCAAACAUAUCCGUAUUCCUUCGUGCCAGGACUGGAGAGAGAUUUCCAUACCCAAUAUUCUGUGUGUGGGUGACACCUCCCAGGGUCCCUAUAGCUUCCUUGGAGACAGGGUGGUUGAGGAACAUGAGGAAGACAGACAAGAAGGUAUUGAAAUGAAGCCUUGA